AUGGGUUCAUGUCUUCGAAGACCUGAGAUUCCGCCAUCGCUUAGAGCACAACAGCGCGUGACGGCUGAGGUGAUUCGGAAAAAAGUCUACGCGCAAAAAAUAAAACUAACGGGCAAUAUUUUUGUGGAACGGUUGUCUCAGCAGGGGGCGCAGGGCGAUCGACUGGGAAUGGUAGGAGCUUCUACACCACAAAGCGGUCGUGGUCGAAGGGAUGUGCCCCUAAAAGGAGAGACCGUCAUUCAGAGAUGA